UUUACGCGACCACAACCAGUUCCUCAAAGCUGGUCCUAAGGGUCGCACUCAGUCAUGUAAUUGCAUACACACAAUCCACAUCCCAAAGCAGCUAAAAACAACGUCGUUUGCAAGAAUGAGUAAAUCAGGAAGCUCCAGCGGAAACAUGAGCCAGGGAAGCUCCGGCAGCGAUGUGCCGAACAACCCUCCACCUAUCCAGGGUAUUUACGCGACCAACAACCAGUUCCUCAAAGCUGGUCCUAAGGGUUUCAUCCACGUCAAGGUUCUGGAGAACGACAACCUCCACGUGCGCGUCGACUUGCCAGGCGUUCCAGACGACGGCGUUCGCCACAGAGUCGACGCCGUGAGAAAAAAGCUUGUGUUUUUCUCCGGCGAAACUCCCGCCGGCAACCAAAGGGAAGGCGUUCGUGAGUACUCCGGAUCCGCCGGUUUAGGUUGUGACUGCUGCGAGAUCACCGGCGUGGAUGCCAAGAUGAAAGACGGAGUCUUGAGGAUGAUUGUUUCAAGGGUCAAGGUGAAAGACCAUGACAAGAAGUGUACUCACACAGUUCCUCCUAACGCAGGUAAGUCUGGGAGACUCCUUGAGGAUCACCCCUUUCUGGUGAAAGGUCGUAAGGGAGCGGUCGUUGGAGUACCAUUACCCGGCGAUGGUCUCUACUUCGCAGUGGAUAUACCUGGUGUUUGUUGUGAUGAUGUGGAAGUGCUUGCUAAUGAGCAUGAAGUCAGGUUCUACGCAGAGGUUAAGAACGUGGACGAGCAUGAUGAGAGUGGCCGUGUUUACUUGGGAUGUGUCAUCAGUUGUUCUUCCUCUUCUGACCCUCUGCCUUCGAUUUUGACCCAGACGAUAGCCUACGACGCAGAGUUUGGUGUUCUCAAAAUUGUCAUUGCACCUCGCAACAGUACCAACAGCGAGUGAUCAUAUGAUUCUCUCUACUACGUCUGUUUAUCUAUCUAUCUUUUUUUAUUUUGGAAGAACCUUUUGUUUGACUACUAGUUUUCUUUGUUUACGUUGAGACAACUGUGGUUCUUUUGUGUUUACUCUGGUAUCUGGUGAUUUGAUUUCAGUUC